GGCAUCUGCUCUAGAGGGAAAUCCCAGUUGGCAAUUUGGAUGCCACUGUUCCCCCUGCUAGCAUUGGUGCAGAUGACAGAUUGUAAAACCAGGAGUGCAGUGGCAAUAAUAAACAUGGACCCUCAGAGAUGCAUGAGGCACCACUUUGUGGAAACUAUCAGUCAUCCAUCGUACAAGUGCAAUUCAAAGAUGGUGCUUUUCUCUCGCUGCGAAGGACGCUGUGGUCACACUUCCAAGUCGGAACCCCUCAUCUCAUUCAGCACCGUACUCAAACACCCAUUCAGCUUCACCUGCCAAUGUUGCAAACCUAAAGCCUCUAAACUGAAAGCCGUCCGUUUGCGCUGCGUGAAUGGAAAAAGACUGACAGCUACUUAUCGAUACAUCCUGUCCUGUAGCUGCGAGGAAUGUGGUUAAUGAGAUGUUACUGUGUAUAAAUGCAGAAGGUGAGGAAUAAAUCCGACAAGCUGAGAGAUACAGUACUGAGAGUAUGAAAGGAGAUAAACUAGCUGCUACCCAGAUUGCUUGGAAAUCUGGCAGCAUUCCACCUGGAGUCAGGGAAGGAACAAACAAGUCUAGCUAUGCAAACUGCUAAGAAGAAACUAUUAUGUGUAUUGGAAUUGAGCAGACUUUGGUUUGCAUCUUUCCUUCUUGAAUAUAUUACCCAGUAGAGCAGUUAUUGUACUAUUGUCCCCUCAGGCCGUCUUAAUUUUUUUAUAUGUUAAUUUACUGAAAUUGGCAGAAGUUUGUGUUGGAUAGCUGACUCUCUGACAUGUGGAAACCUGUUGCUAUGAUUAAGAGAAUCCCAAAUAAACCGAGAGUUCCACAAUUGCAUGGAAAUUUCCCUCUUGCCUGGAAUGGAGUGUGCACUCUCUCCCCAAGAGAUGCAACCUGCUUAAUUAAUCCUGGAUACUAAUAGUUGCAUGUUGGCGAGAGCUAAGCUCAGGGACCUCAAAGUGAGCGUUGGGUUACUGCUGGAGUUUAGCCAGCU